GUCUCACUUGACGCAUGUCCAUUGUGCGUGUGCUAACGUUAUCUCAUGCCGCACAGAUAGACUACUACUGUAUUUUUACCAUUUUUCUUUCACCUCAUAUUUGGUGUCAAAUGCUGAUACUAUGUGGGAAUGCAUAAAGUGAUGAUGAUACCGCUGUGAAAUACUGCUGACAGCACUGAUGAAUGCCCACGAGGCCUGUGAUGAUCAGCAUCAUCACAAGGCCUGCCGACAAGUCCCAACCAAUCUGACACCCAUGGGAGGCUCUCACUGAGGCGACAGUGUUGGCUGCUGGGGAGUCAUACAGACUGCAUGAUUAUAAGCGGACUAAUCAACAGCUAGACAAGGAAGGAUUUUCCUGCUCUUUCGUUGGAGAUAUGUAAUUACAAUCGGUCUUCAUAUCUGAUGUGACCGAGGUCACUCAGCACAAGGAGCCAAAAUGGAUUUAUUGCAGAUUGCACGUUGACCCCUCACAAACGGACCGCUCCUUCUUGUUGCUAAAAUACAGAAUCAGCACCCCUUUUCAGGAACAGGGCUGCUAUACAGGCUGGCUCAUAGAAUGCACUUUGGUCACACCAGACGAAGACCUACAGAGUUAAGCCGGAGCGACUGUAGAACAAAGGAGAACAUGAGUAACUCUCUGUGGCCUUUGGCUGAACAAAACAUGAACAACUGCAACAACAACGAUGGCAAACAAAAUGACAAGAAAGAAGAAUCCAAAAAGGAGAAGAAAGACGAGAAGAAGGUGGAGCCCAAGAAAGAUGACAAAAAAGAUGAUAAAAAGGAAGAACCAAAGGAUGCAUGGGUCGUGGACCCUGCCUCGGAUAUGUACUACUUCUGGUUGUGCACCAUCUCCAUCCCGGUCUUCUAUAAUCUGAUGUUCCUGGUGGCCAGGGCCUGCUUUAAUGAGCUGCAGAAGACAAACAUCAUAUUGUGGAUGGUGUUGGACUACUCCUCAGAUGUCCUCUACUUUGUGGACACUUUUGUGCGAGUCAGAACAGGUUUCUUGGAGCAAGGGUUGCUUGUACAAGAUGUAAAGAUUCUGAAGGAAAAGUACAUGAAAACACGACAGUUCCGACUGGACGUAAUAUCCUUGAUUCCCACUGAUGUUGUCUUUUUCGCAAUUGGAGUCAACAAUCCAGAGUGUAGAUUCAAUCGCCUGUUUAGGUUGGCUCGGCUUUUUGAGUUCUUCGACCGAACUGAAACUCGCACCAAUUACCCAAAUAUCUUCCGGAUUGGUAAUCUUGUACUUUAUAUCAUCAUCAUCAUCCACUGGAAUGCUUGCCUCUAUUUUGCAGUCUCCAAGGUUCUGGGAUUUGGAUCAGACACGUGGGUUUAUCCAUCAUUGAUAAAUACGGAGUUUCAACAUCUUACCAGGCAGUAUAUAUACUGCUUCUAUUGGUCCACAUUGACCCUGACCACCAUUGGGGAAACACCACCCCCAGUCCAUGACAUUGAGUACUUCUUUGUUGUGGCCGACUUUCUCAUUGGGGUUCUGAUCUUUGCUACCAUUGUAGGCAAUGUCGGUGCCAUGAUAUCCAACAUGAGCGCCGCUCGUGUGGAGUUCCAGGCCAAGAUAGAUUCCAUCAAACAAUACAUGCAGUUCCGGAAGGUCACCAAAGACCUGGAGACCAGAGUGGUCAAGUGGUUUGACUACUUGUGGACGGAGCAGAAAACGUGCGACGAAAAGCAGGUGCUCAAGAACCUUCCAGAUAAGCUGAAGGCUGAGAUUGCUAUCAACGUUCAUCUUGAAACCCUGAGAAAAGUGCGCAUUUUUCAAGACUGCGAGGCAGGUUUGCUUGUUGAGUUAGUCCUCAAACUUCAACCCCAGGUUUUUAGUCCUGGUGACUACAUCUGCAAGAAAGGGGACAUCGGAAGGGAAAUGUACAUUAUUAAGGAAGGGAAGCUAGCAGUUGUGGCGGAUGAUGGGGUCACCCAGUUUGUGGUCCUCAGUGAUGGCGCCUACUUUGGCGAGAUCAGCAUUUUGGGCAUCAAGGGGAGUAAGGCGGGAAAUCGAAGAACAGCCAACAUUCGAAGUGUGGGCUACUCCGACCUGUUCGCCUUAUCCAAGGAUGACCUGAUGGAGGCGCUAACUGAGUACCCUGACGCAAAGACUGUUCUGGAAGACAAAGGGCGGGCCAUUUUAAUGAAAGACAAUCUCAUUGAUGAGGCGCUUAUUGCAGCUACCGACGCCAAAGACUUGGAAGAAAAAGUGAACGUCAUCGAGGGUAGCCUGGAGGUCAUGGCGCUCAAACUCAGAAAGCUGACAGAACAUUACGAAUCGUCCCAGCGCAAACUCAAACAACGACUCUCUAACUUGACAAAUGAAGUCAGAACUCUGACCGUUGCUGAUGAGUAGUGUGUUUGGGGGUUGUUCUACUGAGCAGCUCUUCAGCACACAGACGGAUUCUAUCUUGGUGAUAAUCAUCUUUAGUGUGCCCCGUUCAUAAUAAAGGCUGUAUAAUCUUAAUAUGCGUGUGACCUCAUGGUGGAACUUGUUCUUUAACAUUGUAAUACAAAGAAAAG